GACUGUCUCAGCUAGAGAGUGGGAGAUCAGAGAGGGGGAAGAAUAUGGCUGCAACAAGGCUUCUCUCUGUAUCGCUUCUGUGGAUUCUGGUCUUGUUUGGAACCCUCGCUCUCAUCGAGGCAAAGAAAGAAAAGAAGAAUUUGAAGGAAAUCACGCACAAAGUAUAUUUCGAUAUUGAGAUCGAUGGAAAACCUGCUGGUCGCAUUGUUAUGGGCCUCUUUGGAAAAACUGUACCCAAAACCGCAGAAAAUUUUCGGGCACUUUGUACAGGGGAGAAAGGUAUUGGGAAGAAUGGGAAGCCUCUCCACUACAAGGGAAGUACAUUCCAUAGGAUCAUUCCCAGCUUUAUGAUUCAAGGUGGUGAUUUUACACUUGGGGAUGGAAGAGGUGGAGAAUCAAUUUAUGGUGAGAAGUUUGCUGACGAGAACUUCAAAAUUAAGCACACUGGACCAGGGCUUUUGUCGAUGGCAAAUGCUGGGCGAGACACCAAUGGUUCACAGUUCUUUAUUACAACUGUAACAACUAGCUGGUUGGAUGGCAAACAUGUGGUGUUUGGCAAAGUGGUUUCUGGGAUGGAUGUGGUUUACAAGAUUGAGGCUGAAGGGAGACAGAGUGGCGCCCCAAAAAGCAAAGUUGCCAUUGCAGACAGUGGCGAGCUUCCCUUGUAAUCGCCCAUCUUUGCGCCAUCUUACUCAAUGUAGGAACAACCCUUUCUUGUUUCAUCCUCCGUUACAACCAUGGUGUCGGUAUGAUAUCUCCUGACUAAAACUAAAGAGCAUAGGAUGAAAGUAUUAAUUUAAGACAGGACAUUGAUCCACUAUAGUUCAGAAAUCAAAGAGAUGUUUUUUGCUUGAGGGAACUGGGAAGUAUUGCAUUAUUGAUUGUGCUAAAUUACAAAUGCUGUCUGCUGCUGGUGGCAGAAGGUAUCUCUUCCAUUCCUGCUUGUCUUUGGAAGAAAACCAGUUAUUGAUUCUCUAAGCAAACCCAUUUUCUCUGA